AUGGCAGCCGCAGUAUCAAAGAAGGGUAAAGCCACCCGCGCAAAACCUGCAGCGCAGGCGACCGACUCCCCCAAGGCCGCCGUAGAGUCGCCGCAGCCGGCCAAGCGCAAGGCCGAGUCCGAGGCGUCGCCGGUCGUGACCAAGAAGGCCAAGGCGGAGAAGAACAAGAAGGCCGUCGCGGCCGCCACCAGCGGCGACAAGGAGGAAGAGACAGCGGCACAGAAGAAGUCGGCAACAACGACCACGAAAAAGGCGAGCAGCACAAAGGCUUCGAAAAAGGCAGGCAAGGAGGAGGCCGCUGUUGCUGAGGAGGAGAUUGCCCUGGAUGACAACGACUCGGAGGACGAGGAGCGUGAGGACCAGGCCCUCGUCAGCAAGCUGGGCUUUGAGGUUUCGGACGAUGAGGAGGAGGGCGGCGACUACACUGCCGGCACCGACGUCGGCAAGGUGCCCAAGGUGUCUGCAAAGGUCAAGAAGAACGCCGAGGCUGGAUCCAGCGACGGCCCGCGCGUCAUAUACAUUGGCCACAUCCCCUACGGUUUCUUUGAACACGAGAUAAGACAGUACCUCUCCCAGUUCGGCGCAAUAACCAACCUUCGCCUCUCCCGCAACAAGAAGACUGGCGCAAGCAAAGGAUAUGCUUUUGUCGAGUUCCAGGACGCCAGCACGGCCGCCAUCGUGGCCAAGACUAUGGACGCGUACCUCCUCUUUGGCCGCAUCCUCAAGGUGAAGCUCGUGCCGCGUGAGAGCCAGCACGACGACCUGUUCAAGGGCGCCAACCGCCGCUUCAAAAAGGUUCCAUGGACAAAGAUGGCCGGUAAGGAGCUGGAGAAGCCCAAGGGCGAGGCCAGGUGGGGAAAGGCCGUCGAGAAGGAGAACAGGAGGCGGUCCGGCAGGCUCGAGAAGCUUAGGGAGCUGAUGGGGUACGAGUUUGAGGCCCCCGCCGUUAAGCCCGCCACCGCCGCCUUGGAGGCAGCAAAGAAGACGGCCGAGAUCGAGGCGCCGCCCAAGGUCGACGAGGAGGAGGAGAAGCCCAAGGCCAUCGAGGCCCCGCCCGCUGCUGAGAAGGAGUCCGUCGUGGAGGCGGCCAACAGCCCAGCUGCAAAGCCUGCCAAGACGACCAAGGCAAAGAAGGGGAGGAAGGCUAAGUCUUGA